UCUGGCAACGCUGAAAUGCUGCAAGCAAAUUCUGUCCCUCGCAUUUCCAUAUUUAAAUUCGUAUAUUAAUUGAGCAAAAUGUCAGGCCGGCGUAAGGAUAUGUGGAAAUUGUUGUACAAUUUGGUGAAUCGCAACCAAGGCAACUUGUCAGCCGUAUACAAUGUGGUCGACGACAUUCUUUGUCAGGAUCCGAGCCUUAUCAGCUGCUCGUCGGUGCGUGAGCUGAAAAACAAAUUUCAGGACACCUUCCUGCUCUGGCUUUUAAACAAACUCGCCGGAUGUUUAAGUGAGUGUGCGGAUGAAGGACUGUGUUUGAAGAACGUGCAGCUACAGCAGAAACUGCUCGUAUCCUGUUGGUCCAAUCAUCCCAAGCUGUAUGAAAGUCUUGUUGAGGCCUACGUGCAGGCUCUGCAACAGUUAUAUGAUCAAAUGAGCGCCUUUGACUACACUAAUCCCAACAAAAAUUCGAAGGAGUUGCGCACUUUGAAUUUGCACAUCUUUUGCUGCGAUGUCAGUGUUCUGCAGGAAUUCGAUGAACAGUGUGCAUUCCAAGUCAUCCAAUUGCAGCUGGAGCAAGCGGAUGCCUACGCCAAGUACCUAUUGCUGGUGCUGCUAGAAGCACAUCAGAUUGGACGUGCCACACAUAGCGAACUGUUUGCUGGAAGCAUGCAACAGGCGCUACUAACGCUCAAAGAGUGCAAUAUGGAUACCAAGCUCACCUGUCUGAGUUACUGUCAUGCCGUGCUACAAGCACAGUCCAUGGCAAGUUGGUCAAGCAACGUGAAUGUUGCACAUUAUGCAUCCAUAACGCUGCGGGCUGUGGUGCUUAUGUGGUCCCUGUCCAGCCGCUGGAAAGCCAAAUGCAUGACGCAAACGCAACUGGAGCGACUGGCCACACACACACAGAAACUGCUGCGAGUAUUCAUGGAGCAACAGAUGUCUGAUUUUGAUAGCCUUGAGCUAUGCUGUCAACUAUUGCAUGAGGUGCUGAGGCUGCCUGCCAGCGACUGGCGUGACAAUCUUCUGCAGACGUUGUGCAGCUACUUACAACAUCAGAUGUUGGAGGCCAAUUUAGUUUUACCCCAAAACACAUCUCAGCUUGUGCUGCGUCAGUGGCGCGGUCAGCCCACGGCCCUACUGUCGUUGCUUGCUGUGGUUGCUGCUAAGCAGACUGCAAUGCGUGACAAGAUCUUGUUUAGCCUCAGCCACAGUCUUGUUCAACUACUGACCAAAACGACACCCGAAGAGCUGCCUGAAUUGUUGGCCCUGCUGCGUGCGUUAAAGCAAAUAGAGCACCUUUUGCUGCUCGGAAAGCAACAAGAGCUGGUGGUUGCUAGCGAUGAGGCGCUCAAUGCCGCGCUGCUGUUGCAGCUGCCCCAGCACUACGAAUUUUCACUGCAUGCAGAUGCCAACACCAAUUGGAAUCAUUUGAGUUUGCAGCUUUUGGAGGAAUCACAGUGUUCAGACCAGCCGGAGUUUGUAGAAAUCUGUGCACUUCUACUGCAGUCCAGCUGCCUACGGCUUCAAUUGAAGCCGCACACACAACAACAACUGCUGGGCGUGCUGCAACGUACACUACAGUCAGACCAUCAAGAUAAGAGGAGUCAGUGCUUACUUGCCCUGGUCACGCUUCGUCUGGAGACGCCCUCUAGCGCGCACACACAAGUGCAGAGCUUCUUUGCACAACAAUACCUAGCACUGCUCAAUUCUGAACAUCCAGACAUAACGGAGCUGAUCUGCGAGCAUCUGCCUCAGCUUUAUGUGGCAGGUUAUAUAAAAGCCGCACAUUUGCAGCAGGCGCUACCAAAACUGAAACAAACAGAAGAUGGUCACACGCUGGCAGCUGUUAUGCGCUUGUUGCUUUGCACCCAACAGCCGGGAGCGGCGCAUGUCUUUAAGAUCAGGGAACGCAUUGUAAUGCACUGUCUUAAGUGCGACGCACUGCCUGCCACAUUGCCUGGCAUUUAUUUGGGCACUUGCAAACCGAGCAGUAUACCUGUCAAGCCGUUGAACUGCUCCAGCUUAACGGUCCUCGCCGAGUCAAUUCUCUUUAUGCCGAAAUGCGCCUUCAUUACACAUCACUUGGAUUUGGUCAACCUGGAGCCGUCACUCUGCCUGCGUCUGCUUAAGGAGGCGCCCGAUCUGCAGUCACUCAAUGAACAUAGCUUCGAGCGGCUAGUGCCAGUGCUAGCAGCUCAAUCUACAGAUUUCAUGCAGCAGUUGGCAACGCUAGUGCUCGAUUGGAUCGUGGGAACUCUAUCUAAGCCAUUGGAGGAACAGACGGAGUCUGAGCAGCGAAAGCUGUUGUGUGUGGUCGUUUGCGCAGCACAUAAGGACAUCGAUGAGCUCUGGCUGUUUCACUGGUUCAAAAUGACCUUCUAUUUUCUGGUCCACACGCGUUCACUAGUCGCCCAGGAGGCGGUGCUCUCCGCAUGCCAAAUGUGCGCGCGCCAUGGUUUGCAAACGCUCACUCUGUGGAACUGGUACAAGCGUGAUGCGCUCGGUUUGGUUGUUCAGCUGGCGCUACAAGCGUAUUUAACAGAAGGCGUACGCUUUACACGCUCACUUAGAGCGCUGACCAAGAUGUUGGGCUUCUCGUGCGUGCAGGAGUUCACCUGUAAAUAUCACCGCCUUCUGACCACCUUAGUUCUGCCCUAUUGUAUUAAGGAGCCACGCUGCAAGGGCGUCUUUGUACUUAUAGCAAAGCAGCUGCAUAAGCCUGUUGCUUCGCUGUUUGCCACGUCCUUUUUACGUCUCUAUGCACACGUUUAUCUCAGUGAACCGCCAGAGCUGGCUAAUCGUUGCAUUGAGUUGGUCGCCAGCUGCACACAGUCCACUGUGCAGCAACUUAUGAAUGCCGACGUGAAGCAAACCGUUGCCGAGUUGCUCAUCUAUUUCAAUCGCAACCCGACCUUUGUGAUGCGAUCCUUCCAAAGUCUGUUGCAGCUCAGCAUUGGCAACGAGAACCUAUCCACCCAGGCGACCAAUGCUCAGUUCUCCACGUUUAUAGCGGAACGAAUACUCGGUGUCAUCACCUAUUUUGAGAGUUGCUUGUCGGAACCAUCGUUCGAGAAGCCACUUAAAGAGGAAACACUGUAUAGUCUGGGCCAGAUACUGCGCUUUGUGGGCCCACAACAUGUCACACAAUUUCGCUUUAAGAUCAUAGCCAUGCUGAGUUUUGUGCACACACUCCAAGAGCCGAGUCUGCAGCGCAUUUGCCUAAAGAUUUGGCACAUCUUCCUGCAUGUUGUGAAUAUACAGGAAUUAGGUCCUUCCUUAGGACGCAUUGUGGCCACGCUGCAACCGCUGCUUGAGUACAGUGUGGAGCAGGUAAAUGAGCUCUACGAGUUUGUCAUUCUACGCAAUGCUUCCAUGCUUGGCAGCUUUAUACAAGAUUUAUAUUUCCUGGAACGCUUGGAACAUGUAUCGGCGCCGAUACGUGAAUGUAUCAAGCGGCACACGGCCCAGCUAUGUCUUGGCGGCGCUAUGACAGGCGAAGAGGAGGCCCCACUGCUUGAUCAAUUGCGCUUUUUACAUAAACAAAUCACUAACGAGUGCUUGCAGGUGCGCGUCUAUGGACUAGAGCAUCUGGCCGAGCUGUUUGGCCGCCGUCGAAUCCAACUGAAUCACAUGAUACUGCACGAGCUGCCGAUGGAACCGCUAAUGGAGCAGAUAGUCAAUGUGCUAAUGUCUGGCAGCCAGCACGACGAUCGUUCGCUGCAGCUGUCCUCGGCCAAGUGCCUGGGAGAGUUGGGUGCCAUCGAUGCCAGUUAUUUGCCCUCGAAUUACAACUUUGCCAGUCCGCAGCAGCUGCCGCUGAGCGUUCUUACUGACGACUUUACGGUGCUGGCCUUAACGGCACUCUGUCGUGGUUAUCAGUUCCAGCAGAAGACUAAGCACGUUGACAGCUUUUCGCUGGCCAUACAGGAGACGCUCGCCGUUUGCGGGAUUGCGCCCAAGGAGCAAAAGAAAAUACAGCUUUGGCAAUCGUUGCCGCAGCGAAUGCGCGAGAUCAUGGAACCAUUACUUAAUUCCUGCUAUACAUGCUCUCAGCGCCCCAGCACGCUGACACAGCAGCCACUCUUCGGCAGCCACUACACGCAGAACUCCUACGAGCUGUGGGCGUUUCUCUGGGCUGCGCGACUCGUGGACUACGUGCAGUCCACAGAGACCCGGCAUUUGCUGAGCUCAUACAAGCCCUGCAUAAGGCGCGACUCGAACAUGUUGAGCACAUUUUAUCCUUAUAUCCUGUUACAUGCGCUUCUUGAGUGCAAUGCAGAGCAGCGUGGACACAUUGAAGAAGAAUUCCAGACGGUGCUGCAGGCUAAUGAAGAGCUGUCUCAGCGAGUAGCUACAGCAUCUAAGACACCUGGCGAGCUAACGCCAACAUCCAAUAAUACUGGCGGCUACAAGCUCUUUGAAUCAAGAAAAUAUAGAGCUUCUACUAAGUCAGCUAAUGAUGGUCCCCAGGUGGGUUCCAGUGCAGAGGAUCAAUCACGUUUGGCUGGAAAACUGUGCGCGGAGCUGUUGGACUUCCUACAACGUUGGCUCCGCGAAUGGCAGCGCUUGCAUGGGCUAAGCAUGGCCGGCAAGCCUCCCCAAAAUGUGGAUGCCAAUUAUGGUGCCAUCUAUGAGUUCCUGCAACGCAUUGACAAGCUGCGCGUAGCACGUACCAGUUACAACUGUGGCGAGUAUGCGCGAGCUCUCCGCUACCUGGAGGCCUAUAUAGAGGAGGGCGAUAAGGCGGCGCGUUUGCUUGAACAGUUCACAUUUCUCGUGGAGCUCUAUGGGCGGCUGAUGGACGCUGAUUCGGUGGAGGGUGCAGUGCAGACCCGCAGCUACGAUAUGAGCGUCACGCAGGAGAUUCUAGUAAAUCGUUUGGUCGAAAGACAGCAGGAUAUGAUCACCUGCUAUGAGCAACUGCUUUCCAGCACGGAUCCACUGCAGCCAGAGCACAUACGGGCCAUCAUCGAUGCCUAUUUGCGCAUGGACACGCCCAAGACGGCGCUACUCAUUGCCGAUGGUCUCGCGCAGCGUCUGUCAGAUCGGCAUACGGAUCAGUAUUUCAACGAAUGUAAAGCGGAACUCCUAUGGCGCCUAGGCAGCUACGAUGAAUUGGAGGAGCUGCAGCUCCAGCAACAGCAGCAAAGUCGCUACAAACCCAACUGGCAUGCCCAAUGCGCCCAGGCCUGCCUGGCCCUAAGACAUCCUGCGACCACCAACUUAGAGUUUGAUUCGCUACUAGAUAAUAUGCGCUGCUCAGUGCUGGAGCAGCUGCGCAGUUGUUCAGCCCUGCAGCAGCAUUCCUAUGCGCAUGCCUACGAUGAUGUGCUGAAGCUGCACAUGCUGCGCGAACUGCAGGGCUGCCAGCAGCUGGUGGAGCAGCUAUCAGAGCUUCCCCAGGAUGAGGAGCAGCAGCAGGCGCAGGUGAUGCGCAGCUACUUUGCCGAUUGGCAAUCUAGGUUACAGGUGCUACAGCCGCAGCUGCGCGUGCUGGAGCCCAUUUACAGUUUCCGUCGGAAUUUACUGGCGGAGCUAAAGCAUCGUCUGGGCGAGCGUUCACCACUGCAGGCUCAGCUACGAACGCAGCUGGCGCAGCUCUGGCUUAACAGUGCCCAGAUUAAUCGAAAUGCAGGUCAGCUGCAGCGGGCUCACUUGUAUUUGAUGAAGGCCGAGGAAUACAGGCCAAGCCGACUGUUUCUGGAGCGCGCCAAGCUGUUGUGGCAGAAGGGCGAUCAGGUGCUGGCAAUGAACUACCUGGAGGAACAGCUCUCAGUCAUUGGGAGGCAAUGCGAGGGCAACAUCAAGCAGCUCAGCGGCGAGCAGCGCCGGCUUUACUUUGAGGGCAAAUACCUGCAAGCCACGUACAAUGCGGACUCAAUGAACCUUUGCGCCGACGCCAUACUCAAGUACUUCCAGGAGGCAAUUGCGGUUCAACGUCAAUCGGAGCGCUGCUACGUGCAGCUGGCGCAAUUUCUAGAGAAGAUGCGUGAGGCGCGAGCCGUUGCAGCAACCAAUGCGCAGACGCGCGAAGACGAGGAGCUGCUGCUGCAAAUCAUGCUAAACUAUGCCAAAUCUCUGCGCUAUGGCAGCGAUCAUGUCUAUCAGUCCAUGCCGCGCCUUAUCAGCCUCUGGCUGGACACAGCUGCCACCGCUGUAUCAACCACUUCCCACGCCGAGCUGGUGCGCAAAAUGAAUGAUCUGCUGAACAACUGCUGCUCGGCGUUGCCCACUGCCAUGUUCUAUACAGCGUACUCACAAAUGCUGAGCCGCCUGUGUCAUCCCUCGGCCGAAGUGUUUGCUGUGCUUCGCAAUGUGAUCAUCAAGCUGAUUGGAGACUACCCGCAGCAGUCGCUCUGGAUGCUGCUGCCUCAUUUUAAGUCCGCUGCUGUCAACCGAGUCAAGCGUUGCAAGCUGAUACUCACCGAUGAGCGACUACAGAACUCCACAUUUCAACGUUUAUUGAGCGACUUUAAUACCCUAACCGACCGGCUGAUCUGCGUCACUAACAAGGAGGUGACACUUGAUCGCAGCUAUAAGCUUAGCGAUCUGGACAAACGAUUACCGUUGCUGUGCAGCCAGGCGAACUUCUCCAACAUUCUGCUGCCCUUUGAGAAAUACAUGCAGCCGACAUUUAACAUAAGCUCGACGCAGGAUAAUACUCCUUCGCCCAGUCCUGGCGCCAGCACAUUGCCAGCAAGCAAUUGGUUUCCGUAUCGACACAUCUAUAUAACUGGUUUCCAGGAGAAGGUGCUCGUUUUACGCUCAGCAGCGCGGCCCAAAAAACUGACUAUUCGCUGCAGUGACGGGCAGGACUAUGAUAUUAUGGUCAAGCCUAAGGAUGACCUGCGUAAGGACGCGCGUCUAAUGGAGUUCAAUAGUCUAAUGAAGCGCUACCUCCACCAGGACGCGCGUGCCCGCCAGCGUCGCCUGCACAUACGCACCUAUGCCGUGCUGCCGUUUAAUGAGGAAUGUGGUCUGCUCGAAUGGCUCCCAAAUCUCAAUUCGUAUCGUGGGAUUUGCAUUGCAUUGUACAUGCAGCGUGGGCAAGUGAUGAGCGGCCGACAACUGCAACAGCUGGCGGUGCCACAGAUGGAGCCGAUGGAGCGCAAGCGUGAAGUGUUCCUAAAGCAGCUGUUGCCGGCCCAUCCGCCCGUCUUUCAGGAGUGGCUCCUCCAGCGCUUUACCACGCCCCACAGCUGGUAUGAGGCACGCAACUCGUAUAUACGCACCGUGGCCGUCAUGUCCAUGGUGGGCUACAUACUAGGCCUAGGCGAUCGACACGGUGAAAAUAUACUCUUCGAUGAACGCAAUGGCGAUGCGGUCCACGUGGAUUUUAAUUGUUUAUUCAAUCAAGGCGAAGCCUUUGCCUAUCCCGAGGUGGUGCCAUUUCGCCUUACCCACAACAUGAUUACGGCUAUGGGGCCGCUGGGCGUAGAGGGCAGCUUCCGUAAGUGCUGUGAGAUAACGCUGCGUCUUCUUAAGCAAGAGACCAAGACGCUCAUGUCCAUGCUGCGCCCAUUUGUCUACGAUUUGGGCGUCCAGAGUCGACUACCCUCAACAGCUAGCAACAAGAGCAAAAACGGUGCUGAGCUGACCGAUCCCAAAGUGACCAACGACGUGCAGCGCAUUGCGGAGCGUCUGCAGGGACAUGUCAAGCGACAGCAGGCGAGCAGCAUACCCCUGUCCACAGAGGGACAGGUAAACUUUUUAAUCAACGAGGCCACCAAAGUUGAUAACCUCGCUUCCAUGUACAUUGGCUGGGGCGCUUUUCUUUAGUUCCUUAAGCAAUCUCAUUUGAAUGUCGUGUGUUCUUUGUAUAGUUGAGUAUAUAAUAAGAUUGUAUUUAAAAAAAGUUUAGAUUGUUAUGCUUAAGAAUUAAAUACUUUCCAUACA